AUGGUCAAGACCGACUCGAGGGUCUUUCAAGUGACCAAAGUCACCGGUGAUGACGAGUCUUCCGAGAUGGUCGAGAUCCGCGAGAGGUCCUUGACCCUUGUUCAAGCGACUUCGCUAUUGUUAGUCGAAUAUGUCGUCCUGGCUAUUCUUGCCUUCCCCUGGUCGUACAGCAUCUUGGGAAUGGCUGGAGGUAUCAUCACCACGAUGAUCGUUGCCGCGUGCACUCUGUAUACCUCUUUGAUUCUCUGGAGGUACUGCAUGCGUCACCCGCACAUUCGUGAUAUCGCCGACGUCGCAUACGAACUUUGUGGAAAGAGCAGGAUCGCCUGGACCGCGGCUUUCAUCGGACUCGCCCUGAACAACAUCUUCAUCAUGGGUCUGCACGUCAACGCCGGGACUGUCGCCAUCAACACACUCGGAUACACCUUCUGUUCGGCUCUGUGGGGAUUGAUCAUCGGUGUGAUCAUGUAUGCCGGGUCCUUGGUCCGAGGAUUCAGCAAGGCCGAGUUUGCCGCUGCGAUUUCCGCUGGUACUAUGCUUCUGUGCUUCUUCUUUGUCGUCAUCGGCCACGGAAUCCAGGAUCACCCUAACGGCUUCAUCAACGAGAUGCAGACGCCCACUAAAUGGACCGUCUGGGCCCCCGAGGGCACGACCUUUGUUCAAGGCAUCAGCGCCCUGCUCAACAUCAUCUACACUUUUACCGGACAAGCCUUGAUCCCGUCCUUUGUCGGAGACAUGAAGAACCCCGAAGAGUUCCCUACUGCGCUCUACAUUUCGAUGUCUGUCGAGGUCUUGCUGUUCACCAUCUGUGGAGCUGUCGUUUACUCGACUACUGGGCCCCUUGCUACGACUCCCGGAUACGGCUCCUUGACCGGCUGGUUCCGUUACGUCGCCGCCGCUUUGACCCUUCCCACCAUCAUCAUCGUCGGGAUGUUGUACUCCUUGGUCACCUCGCGAGCGCUGUUCUUCCAGAUCUUUUCCGAGAAGUCGAUCCAUCGAAGGACGCAUACCGUGAAGGGUUGGGGUACCUGGGUUGGAAUCGUGACCGCGAUCUGGGUCCUCGCAUACAUCAUCGGAGAGGCCAUUCCUUUCUUCAGCGAUCUGCUGAGUGUCAUCUCGUCCCUUUUCGGAAGCUGGUUCGGAUUCAUCUUCUGGGGAUCUGCCUACCUCAAAAUGAACCGGGGCAAGCCUUUCAGGGGAUUGCAUGCGAUCGAGUCCAUCAUCGCGGUCAUCCUGAUCGGUGUCGGUAUCUUCAUCCUCGGAGUCGGCACCUACGCCUCUGUUCAGUCCAUCAUUAACUCUUAUGCUACUGGUAGCAUCAAGAGCCCGUUCAGUUGUAGCGACAAUGGGUUCUAA